GUUGAGAUGGGAUGAGCUGAAAGAAGGAGGCGUGGCGUGGUGUGGGGAGCGCGCAGGUGGGCGGCGUGGCAGGUAUAUAUGGUGGCGGCUGCAACGGUGUCUCACCAUCAGGUCCUCGUCCUUCUUAGCCUCAUCAGCUCACCCCUACGACACCCCAACACACUCAAGAUGCGUAAAUCCAUGUUCAUGGCUGUCCUCAUGGUGGUGGCAAUCGCCGCUCUCUUCACCCAGGGCACCCAGGGGCAAGAGCUCAAGUACCAGGAACGUGAGACAAUCGCUGAACUGGCACGGCAGAUCUACCUGGUGGUGAAGGGCCCGUGGGCAGCUGGGGUUGUGUCCCACAAACGGAACUCUGAGCUCAUCAAUUCCAUUCUGGGGCUUCCCAAGGUGAUGAACGACGCCGGCAGGAGAUAAGCGCCCUCACCCCCCCUAUCCACAUACUUCUACACCAUUGUUUGCUCUUCUCUCUAAUAGUAACAGAACGAGGCCAGCGGACGCGUUGAGAGCUUCUUCACCUACACCGGGCGACACCAUCACCUCUCCGUUACGUCAAUCAUCCAAUCAGUUAGUCAGCCAGUCAGUCGAUUAGUCAUUCAAUCGGUCGAUCAGUUAGCGAUCGAAGGUCAGGCUCUCAUGUACUUACCUUGAAGGGUCUCAUUAAAGCAUAAAGAUAGUACCCUCA